CCCAUCUACAUGCAUGUGCACCCUGCAGUGCUCAUUUAUCUAUCUAUCUAUCAAUCUUCUUUGAUCCAUAUUAUUAUUAAUUUAUAUAUUUUGAUUGGCAACGUACGUGUUGGGCGAGUCGACGAUGACGAAGGAGAAGUUAUCACCACAGGCGGCUGAUAGUAAGAUCUUUGAGGGAGAUGGCGGUUCCUAUCACGGUUGGUCUUCUUCUAACUUUCCGUUACUUGCCCAUUUCAAGGUCGGCGCCGGAAAGCUUCUUCUGCAUCCCCGUGGUUUCGCCCUCCCCCACUACUCCGAUUCCACCAAGAUUGGCUACGUCCUUCAAGGCACCUGUACGGUUGGGAUGAUAUCCCCCGGAGCAUCACGAGAACAAGUGUUGACGAUUGAGAAAGGAGAUGCAGUCCCGGUACCGGUGGGAGUAGUGUCUUGGUGGUUUAACGGUGGGGACUCCGAUGUGGUUAUCGUAUUCAUCGGCGAAACCUCCAAGGCCUAUGUUCCAGGUGAAUUCACCUACUUCUUAUUGACUGGGAAGCUAGGCCUACUGGGCGGUUUCUCGAACGAAUUUGUUCGUCGAGCUUAUAAUGGCAUCACCAAAGAAGAAGCCAACAAGCUUGUGACCAGCCAAACGGGCACUUUGCUCGUCAGGCUCGAUGAAGGAAUUUCAAUGCCCAAUAUCCCUCACCCUCAGCCAUGCAACCACCACCACCACACUAGCUUAACAGCUGCUGCUGCUAAUGCUAAUGGUAAUUAUUCCACGUUUGAAGAAGUUGGGCUCAGCGCCAAGCUCGUAAAGCUGGAACCGGAAGGUGCAGCCGCAGUGCUCCCACCAACGUAUGCCGCAGAUUCGGCGGUUCAAGUUAUUUAUAUUGUGAAAGGCAGUGGUAGAGUUCAGCUCGUCGGCAUCAAUGGCAAGCUGGAAUUGGAUGCCCAAGUGAAGGCUGGGGACUUGCUUGUGAUACCUCCAUUCUACGCGGCCAUGGAAAUCGCAGAUCAAGAACAAGGAGUUGAAUGCUUGUCUGUCAUUACAUCCUCCCAGCCUGAAUUUGGGCAGCUUGGCGGCAAGACAUCAGUUUGGAAGGCCAUGUCUCCAGGGGUUCUGCAAGCUUCUCUUGGUACUAGUCCAGAAUUUGCUCAACUUUUCGUGUCCAAGAUGACAAGCAACACUCCUCUCUAAAGCCAAUUGUUCCUUCCUAGAACGUCUAAUUAAUUAAAUUGCUCUACGAACCAAAUAUGAAGCAUAUAUAUAUAUACAUUACAUGUAAUGACCUUUUUAAUUAAUUAGGUUUUUGAGGUUUAUUAGCUCUUGACCUUACAAUGAAUUUGUAUUCUUGUCUGUCAAUCCUAUAUGGAUGUUUCUUGUUAUAUAGGUGCGUUUUGGGGUAGUUGUUAACCACGCACCUAACCGCUAGCUUCAAAGCUUGGCUUUGUUGGGUUUUGGCUAAUUCCCUACAUGCUUAAUAAGUACUACUCAGUUUGUGUUGUGUA